AUGAUACCAUCUAUGGCCGGGUCCCGUAACGAGGGCGUGAUCCCUAUCCCAAUCCAACCCAUGCGCCAGCUCGCCGACGCUGUCACCACGCACGACGACUGGACGGGCGUCACCUCGGCCGCGGAACGCAGAAAACGGCAGAACAGACUGAACUCGCGGGCGUUUCGACGGCGGAGAGCCCACGCCCUCGAACAAGCGCAACCACCAGCACAAUUACAAGCGCAAUCUCAUCCGAGCCAAGCACGAGGACUCACACGUACCGCACACACCAAGGACAAGGGAGCCGACCCCGACAGCCUCCUGCCAUGCUGGUCCCAGGCCGCCCAGUCCGUCAUUUGGGCCCAAAGCCCGCUCAGGAGAGACGCACGUAAUCCACUACUAACGUAUACUGCGGGACCUCCAAGUCUCGAUACCGUCAUCUUCCCGCUCUGCCCGGACCACCUGAUCGUGCUUCUGCAAUAUAAUGUCCUCCGCGCCAGUCUGGUCAAUCGAGGCUACAUCGCGCGUCUUCCGGCACACACACAAACACGUGCACACGCAGGGGGCGAGAGUGCAGAGUGGUCUUCCACGACCGUGGCUUGCUUGCCGAACAUUGAUGUCGAUGUCUCGGACCUGGAUUUAAGUCGCUUGCUUCCGCCGUCGUUGCAUCCCACGCGGUUGCAAAGGACUGUCAAGCAUGCCGCGUGGAUCGAUAUCCUUCCGCAUCCGGUGCUGCGUGACAAUUUGAUCGGGGCAGCAAGCAGCUUUGACGAAGAUGCGCUCUGGACGGACACGGUUGGAGGGCUCUUCCACGGGUUUGCAGCUGAUCUAGGCGCGGCAGAGUAUGGGGGAGGUAUAGUAUGGGACACUCCUUGGGAUGUGUCUGGCUGGGAAGUGUCCGUGGGGUUUUGGCGAAAAUACGCCUGGGUGUUCCGGGGCUGUGAGGCGGAGGUGCUCAGCGCAACGAAUCAAUGGAGGAGGAAACGAGGGGAACACGAUCUCGUGUGGAAAGAAAAGAAGAAGGAAUAA